AUGCCUUUCCCCGCUAGAGAAGCGUUCCCUUGGAGUGUGAAAUACAGCAGCAUCAGUCCUACCGUUACCAGCAACACGGCACACCUCGAGAGAAGCCCUGGUUCCAUUGCGAGCGCUCAAAACACGGUCACCACGCCUCAGACACCGCAAAAGCCGCAGUCUCGAAACCCGAGCUACAGCAUCCCUCAUGGUUUUGACAACCUCUUGCACCAUGAACCAGAAUCCUUCCCCUCCCCCGAGCCUAAAUCACCAUCUACCUCAUCAACAACAUCACCACCCCCACCGCCAAUCCCCAGCAAAGAGCGAUUCUACCUCCACGUUCGUCAACAGCGGACAGGUGCACGAGCCUGUGGUGCAGGAGACCGAGACCGCCGCCCUGUCGACCCCCCUCCUAUAGUGCAGAUCCUUCUCAGAGACUUUGACCCCCGCUCCAAAGCCGACGUGGAGAUCCUUCGCGAUCCACGCUUCACCGUGGGCUGCCUCUUAUUCCCGGUUCCCGAUACGCCAGACACCUGGAAUCUGCCGCCAAACCCAGAGCAGAUCGAGCGCGAAGAACGAGAACGCAGAGAACGUCAAGACGCUAAGGACAAAGAUGACCCCUCUUUCGUGCCCCUCCUCUCCGGGAAAGCCUUCAUGUCCCCCUUCUAUGUCGAUGCAGACCCCGACCCCAACUCGGCCCCUACCCAUCCCUCUUUCUCUCCGGCGGCGCCUGCACUCCCCGCCCCCCGCCCACCUGCGCAGUGCGUCCAAGGGGUCUAUCGGCUCCAGUUCCGGCUGAUGAAUUGGGGCGCGGUCGAGGAUACCGGCAUGGCGAUGCCUAUUCUUGCAGAGGCGUGGUCGGAUCCAUUUCGGGUCUAUCCGGCGAAGGAUUUUCCCGGGAUGCGGGACUCUUCGAUCUUGGCUGAAGGCCUGAAGGAGCUGGGGUUCGUGGAGUUGAAAACGAGAGGCAAGCACAAGGGUAAGGGACGCAAGAAGUCAUGA